GCAGCAUGCGGGGCGGCGAGGAGCUGGACGGCUUCGAGGGCGAGGCCUCGAGCACCUCCAUGAUCUCGGGCGCCAGCAGCCCGUACCAGCCCACCACCGAGCCGGUGAGCCAGCGCCGCGGGCUGGCCGGCCUGCGCUGCGACCCCGACUACCUGCGUGGCGCGCUCGGCUGCCUCAAGGUCGCCCAAGUGAUUUUGGCCCUGAUUGCGUUCAUCUGCAUAGAGACCAUCAUGGAGUGCUCCCCGUGUGAAGGCCUCUACUUUUUUGAAUUUGUGAGCUGUAGUGCAUUUGUGGUGACUGGAGUCUUGCUGAUUCUGUUCAGUCUCAACCUUCACAUGAGGAUCCCCCAGAUCAACUGGAACCUGACAGAUUUGGUCAACACUGGACUCAGCACUUUCUUUUUCUUUAUUGCUUCGAUUGUACUGGCUGCUUUAAACCAUAAAACCGGUGCAGAAAUUGCUGCGGUGAUAUUUGGCUUCUUGGCAACUGCGGUGUAUGCGGUGAACACAUUCCUGGCAGUGCAGAAAUGGAGAGUCAGCAUCCGCCAGCAGAGCGCCAAUGACUAUAUCCGAGCCCGCACGGAGUCCAGAGAUGUGGACGGUCGCCCCGAGAUCCAGCGCCUGGACACGUGAGGACCUGCCAGAGUCCUCCUCCCUCUCGUCCUUGUGCCCAUCCUUUCAAUCAAGUUUUCUUUCGCUUGUCACGUCAGAUUUUCAUGUGAUUAAGUUGAAUUUUGUCCUCUUUGGUAAAAGUUCAUUUUGGGAAAGGGUUUUCAGAGUGGCCCUGUUGGCGGGUAUGUGGAGUGGGGAGCCCCCACACCCAGCUGUUCAGACAGAGGUGGGUGGGAGAGGCCUAUGGAUUCUCCAGCGUGUGGUGGCCCUGGACACAGCUGGCCUCACUGGCUGCCGUGUCCACUUUGAGUCUUCACUGUCGCUGAGCACAGGCUUCACAUCUGACUCUGAGCCACCCUGUCAAAUAUAUUUGUGACACAUCAAGACUUUGGAUAAAUGGGGGCUGCUAGGAAGGAGAAAAUCAAAGGAAUGAAGGUACAGAGUUGAAACAGUCAGUCAGCAGCGAUUCCUGGGCCACCCCCAUAGCGUGCUCCAGGUCAGCAUUCAGUCUCGCUGUCAGGAUCCUCCCCUGCGCCUCGUCUUCCAUGCCCGGGGCACCGAGACAGCCAGCACAAGCCCAGAAAGCCAUGUGUGACACCCUCUUGGUGAGGGUGUGCUGGCGGAGCUCUUUGCUGAGUCUGGACUUUACGGGGAUGGGACAAGCUGGUGUCCUCUGUCAUUUCCUACCCUGCUGAGAAAUCACUUGAUUCUUCCUCAAAUGAGUCACCUCCCUGAAUCCCAAGAUUCUCCUCCAGGAAUAUGGGGCCCAUCUUGUUUUUCUAGUAUCCUACCUACCCUUAAUACUUUGAGGCUGAAUUGCAGAUUUUCUGUAAUUUUACCGUCUCAGGUAAAAGCCACGAAAGAAAAACAAUCCAUUCCACCAGCCAGAACACUUGCUCAUUUGCUGGCUUCAUGGACCACAGGUGGGGACACGCCUCUCUUUUAGGGAGGUGUGCUAAUUUUCAGAUGCCUGAGAAGAGUUCUAAAGUGAUUCUGAGUAGAUUUGUAUAGGAUUUGAAAAUACUUGAAUUUGCACCACGCCGCAUCCUUUCACUGGUGUUUCGGAAGACACUAAUUGUCGCUUUUGUGCCUCAGGGUCAUAACUAUGAACAUCGAUCUUGGAAGCUGUUGAGAAAAAUUCUGGUUAUGUAAGGUUUAGAAUUGAUUCUUGAUAAAGUGAAGAUUAUUGUGGUGAAUGAGUUAAAUGAACCCCUAUGAUGCUAUAGUUUUUUUUCCUUGUUUUUUUUCUGUUGGAGACUAAUUGUAUCUUUUAUGGAAGAACUGUUUUAACUUGUCAGGUUUUCACUCUUUGAACUGUUUUUAAUGUUUACAAACCUCACGCUAGCUCUAAUAUUUUGUGUUUAGCCCUCACCAAGAAAAUACACUGCUGGUGGGAAGAUUUUGCAGUACCAUGGUGAAUCCCCAGGGUCUUUUCCUAGGGAACAUUUACAGCUUUAGCAGUGUGCUGUGUAACGAGAGAGAGACUACGUGUUUGGGGUGAUGGGAGGAGAGCGUGUGUGAGACAAUGUCCAUCUUUCCACGUGUGGCCUCGCAUUCUUCAUCAAAGAGGAGCGCCUGAUUUCCCAGCAGGGGGUACUGAUCAGGUAACACUGCUAGGCUGGAGAUUCUGCAGGAAAUGGGACUGUGCUGUCUCUGAAGGGUUGGGGUUGGGGGUUAGCUCCCCGAACCGAAGAGCUAAUACAAUCUGAGUUCUGCUGUAGUUCCUUCCGGGGCAGUGGCCCAGGUCACAUUUUCAAGCUCCUGGUCUAUUCAGGGCCGUGAGCUGCUGAUGCAGACCCAGCUGGUCUGGUGGUAACUCACCUCCCCUCUGCGCCCACAGAGGGCAGCCAGGCCUGGUCACAGCUGGGUGUGCUGCCCAGUGGGUCUGAUAGAGCCCUCUUCCCAUGUAUGUUGUGAGGCAGGACAAAUCAUGCUUCACAAACUUUGAACCUAUUAUAUAUACUGAUUUUUGGGGAGAUUAUGACAUCUGGAUUUUAUCUGUUCAUUUUAUAUAUUUAUUUUGUAUUUGUUGAGUAUAUAUGCUUGGUCAAAAUUGGCCUUAUCUCCCUCUCAGAGUUCCAUGAAAAACAGGGUCACAGAGACUCAGCCUUGCAUUAAAUGGGGCCCCCUUGGAAGGACCACCCUGAACUUUAUCGAAAUCUCCUGCUGGGAAUCAUGUUACUUGGCCCCAGUAAAAAAAAGCCGCCUUUGAGUGAGAUUGAAAACAAGAAUACCAUUCAGGCAGGAUUGUUGCCCAAGUUUUCCCAAGUCACUUCAAUAAAACCAGUCUAUCAUCUGGUGAAAAGGAGCCAACUGGCCUCGUGAGGAUGUGUUGUCAGCUGCAAGAAAUAGUUCUGAAGCCCAUGGAAAUUGUAAAUGCCCAUAGAUGAU